AUGCUCGCACACACCAACAACCUCGGGUAUGAUCCCACAAUGCAUAUGUGCAAUCCUGCCUGCAAGGGCUUGCAUGCUGAUCUGCAGGAGAAUGCCAUAGGCUGGAUAGAAAACCAUGAUAAAUCCCAUCUAUCAAUCAUGAGCACCUCGGAUGGGAUGGAGUAUGCACUCAAAGACUGUUGGAUCGCUGAGGACAAGAAAAACCAUGAGGUGACAAUUCUCAAGAUGGUUGAAGGAAUCCCGAAUGUAGUCAAGCUCGUGGCCCAUUGGGAUGUCCUCUACGAUGGGGAGCCGGACUGCAUGUAUCAUAUUCGAGCUUCCCAUGGUGUUUGUACCUCUGGGUUUAUUCGCAGAUUCCACUGGUGCCUUCUGUUGACCCCCUGUGGAGAACCACUUGUGUACUACUCCUCAAAGCUUGAGCUGUUGAGAGCCUUCCAUGACUUUGUCUCGGCUCAUAGUUUAAUGCUCGCAAGUCACGUCCUCCAUGGAGACUUGAGUCCAAAUAAUUUUAUCAUCCAUGAUGGACAAGGUUAUUUUAUUGACUUUGAUCAUGCUCGCAUUAUUGCAGAAGGCGCUGUUAGUGUUCCUUCAGAGGGCACGGGUACUAGGCCCUAUAUGUCAAUUUGUCUUCUCCGGGAGGGUAUUGCAAAGGGUGCAACAAUCCAACACACAGCAAGUGAUGACCUGGAGUCAUUGUUUUUUAUCUUUGUUGAAUUUGUGACCACCUUUGAUGGGCCACGCAGCUUCAUGAAAGAUGAGGGCAGGAGGCCCUUGUGGGUUGAUAAAUUUGAGACCUCAGGUGCUGAUCCCUGGUUGGCAAAGCAGGGAUAUGUGCUUGCACCUCACAAUGACUCAUCAUUGAUGGAAAAAACUACUUCAUUCUUCACACCAUUCAGUCAAAUCAUACAGGAGUGGCAUCAUCUAAUUCUAGCAGCAGCCAGCGACCUGAGCGACCCCUCUGUUGGCGUAACUCAUGCAGUGCUCAUGGCACUCCUGAAAAAAUGGAUCUCUCAGCUCCCUGUGGAUGCUCCCACAGAAAUUAUGGUGCCCAUGGCAUCAUCAUCAAGAUUGGGACAUCCUCCACACGAUGAUGUCCAAUCAUCUGUGGGUGCUCAUCAUUCUACAUGCAUCCAACAGAGAGUGUCAUAG